UUGCAUGAUUCUUACAUUUUUUGAUCUGUGAUAAUAGCAUUUUCACGUACGAAUGCUGCACAGGAGGAGACUCUUUUCCCUUGUAGAUGGAUGGUUCACUAGAAUCUAGAUUUCAGCCUCCAGCAGAUCAUACCCGUAAAGCGCUCAAAAAAUGGUUCCAACUCCUAAUUCUAGCCGAUAAGAUUCCUUUUGGAAAAAGAAAUAAUGACAACAAAUAAAAAAAUAAGAUACCAUACGGGUCCACAUCUACCUCUCCCUUUGUUUCAACUCGUGACAAAUGCAGGUACUCCCCGUUUCUUCCUAUACUGGACAAGCGUCACUUAUGUGGGACUUAAAUCAAUCUGAAAAUCUUAUCCUUGACGCAUUCUUAGCGGGUAGAAGAUGUCAUUAAAUGCGGAAGGCUACCGUGUAGUCCACAUAGUAUGCAGUCGACGUUAUAUUCACCAAAGCCCAGAUUCCAAAUGAAUGAAACGUCAUUGAAUUGGUCCCGACUCUUCGGGGGCAGAGUGGGAGAAGAGAGGAGAUCUCUCCAUCUUUAUACUCUCUCUGCCUCGAAGAAAAAAUAGGCUGAAAGCAUCAUGGAAGUACUUGAAGACAUAGUGAUUAUAGGAGCAGGAAUAGCCGGCCUUACAACAUCCUUGGGACUUCACAAGUUGGGAAUCCGAAGCCUGGUAUUGGAAUCCUCGGAUGGAUUGAGGAUCACAGGUUAUGCCUUGACAUUAUGGAGCAAUGCUUGGAAGGCCUUGGAUGCUGUUGGCAUUGGCGAUUCCCUCCGUUGUCGACAUCAACUCCUUGAUGGGAAUGUGACGACCUCUAUAGUUUCGGGACUCAAAAUUUCAGACAUAUCGUUUAAGGUUAAAGGAAAACAUCCUGGAGUCAAUGAAGUUCGUCGUGUCAAGAGGAAUAUGUUGGUGGAAGCUCUUGCAAAGGAGCUUCGGAGUGGCACCAUUAGGUACUCUUCCAAGGUGGUCUGUAUAGAGGAAUCAGGAUUCUAUAAGCUAGUGCAUCUUGCUGAUGGAACCACCUUUAAAACCAAGGUCUUGAUUGGGUGCGAUGGAGUCAACUCAGUGGUGGCAAAGUGGCUGGGCUUGAAGAAACCGUCUUCCACCGGGAGAUUUGCCAUCAGGGGGUGUGUAGAUUUCGAGUCUAGUCAUGGGUUUGCGCCCAUAACCAUGCAUUUCUUUGGGAAUGGUGUCCGGUUUGGUUUUGUUCCUUGUGACGAUAACUCUGUCUAUUGGUUUUUCACUUGGAUUCCAUCCAGCCAAGAGAAAGAUCAGACAGAAGAUAACCCAGCUAAAAUGAAGCAGCUUGUAUUAAGCAAGCUAGGAAAGAUACCCGAUGAAGUAAGGGCUGUCGUAGAAAACACUGAACUGGAUAGUUUUGUCGCGUACCCACUAAGUUACAGACAGCCCUGGGAACUCCUUUGGGGAAAUAUAAGCAAAGGAAAUGCCUGUGUAGCCGGAGAUGCACUCCACCCCAUGACUCCAGACAUUGGCCAAGGAGGCUGUGCUGCUCUGGAAGACGGCGUUGUUUUAGCCAGGUGUCUUGCCGAGGCUCUAUUGAAAGAACCAGGUGGGGAAACAAAAGAGAAAGAUGAUCAUCAAAGAGAGAGAGAGGAAUAUGAGAAAAUUGAAAUGGGGUUGAAGAAGUUUGCCAAAGAGAGGAAAUGGAGAAGCAUUGAGCUCAUUUCUACAGCCUACAUUGUUGGUUUUAUGGAGCAGAGCGAUGGCAAAGUGAUGACCUUCUUAAGGGAUAAAAUAUUUGCUGCAAUCCUGGCUGGGAUAAUGCUGAAGACGGGUAGUUUCGAUUGUGGAAAGCUCACCAUUUGAUCUUGAAAUCAACGAGCACACAUAUGCAGUUGAUCAGCUGUAGUAAUGCAUGCUUGAGCUCCAUGCUUCAUUUUCUUUCACAACAUUUCUGGUGAUCUUCAACGAUCACGUACCGUUGCCCUACUUGAAAUUAGGAGAUGAGGAGCUAUUGUAAAGCUGUCAUAAUUCAAAAAUCUUGAAAGUUUGUUGGAAUCAAUUUAUUUAAAGGAACGGUAGAUAGAGUUAUAUAUAA